ACGCCGGUCGGUUGUUUUGUUGAACGGCCGCAAAGUGCUCACGUAAUUUCGGGAAUUUUGACUCAAACUUGAAUAUAUUCUUAAAUUGUCGUGAGUUUUACAAACUAACUGAUUGCUACAGGUGAUCAGGUUAGUUGUUUUUGGUACAUACCUUUGUAAUGGGAGGCGUUGAUACUAGCAAACGGAAGCCACGACAAACCAAGGGAACGGUCAUUAACCAGACACGGAAUCGUUUCGCGUGGAUAGUUCUAGCUUUAGGAACGACGAGUUUUGCUGUUUACUACUCCGUUUUAAAUUUUUUCGGAGGACAACAACUGAAGGACCGAAUUCACAAAGAUUUCUUUGAGCCAACGGAAGAGGAAAUAGAUCGUAAGAAUUUGAUGCGCUUUAGUCUGUUGGCUCCACAUCGAGGUGAUACCAUCCGGAAGUUUCUUGAAGAGGAGAAGAUUGACCGUAGCCAAAAGUAACGGAUUCUUGUAGUAUGGCUAGCACUAGUAAAAUUAAGUACGCAAAGUUGAGACUGUUCAAAACGGCUCCCGCAGUCUGUGGGAGUCAGACCGAAGCAUCGAAAGAAUAUGGAACUCUUUCAUUUCAGAGAAAUUUCGAAUAGUCCUCCAAAAAAGUCGAUCCAGCAAAUGGAGCAAGAAGUCAUCGAUUUAGUGGAGGAUGAAGGUCCGAACGAGCAAGAAGAAGAGCCCAUUUUGAAACGAACACGUCUCGG